AUGAAAUACGGCGAACAGUUCGAGCGUGAAUCCGUUCCCGAAUGGAGCCUUCAUAACAUCGACUACAACAACCUCAAGCACUACAUCAAGGUGCACACCACGAGAGACCAGGCCACGGCUAUCGCGAUACCGGGUCAGCCCGACGGCUCCCUGAAGCGUUUCGAAGAUGAGCUGUACCUCGAGCUGUGCCUGCAGCACGACCGCGUUGGCCUGUUCGUCGCGACCAAGGCUGAUGAGAUAACCCGGCGCCUACAGCACGUCUCGGACCAGAUCCACCGCCUGAUACUCCGUAGUACCGCCAGCCCCCGCCCUGGCGUCUCUCAAAAGCGUCUGCGGAAAUUCGCCAAGUUUGAGCGCGACGUCGUGCAGUGCACUGAGGAUACCCGCAACCUAUCCCGCUUCGUCAACGCCCAGGUCGUAGCGUUUCGUAAGAUCCUCAAGAAAUACCAGAAAUGGACUGGGUCGAGUGCGCUCGGUAGACGAUUCAAGGACAAUAUUCUCUCCAACCCCAAGAGCUUUACGAAACGUGAUUUCAGCCCUCUCGAGUCUCAGUGCAACGAGCUACUCAACGCUGUGCAGGCCGCCACUCCCAGCACUACCUCCCCCGUCACCCCCAACGGGCCGUCCCUCGAUCAUCCACACCAGGAGCCUGGUCAGCAGCUCAGCCUCCCAGAGCCGCACAUACAGACACAUUACUGGAACGAGUACGAGGACGGCAGCGAAGCGGGCGAUAUGGAUGGCGCUUAUUACGUUUACUAUCCUCAGGAAGACGAAUCACAGCCCUCUGGCGUCAGGGCCUUUGCCAACAUCCUGGCUGUCCCGAUCGAGAAGGUGAAAGCUUGGAUUCGCUUUGGCGGGCCCGGCAACGAUUCAGAGCGGAGGCCGCUGCUUCCUACCCACGAGGGUGCCAAUGGCUCAGCGGUAGACGGUGGCUACUUCAGCCAUCCGCCAGGCUCCUCGAGUGCUCUCGCUCACCAGAGCAGUUCCUCCGACACCGACGAGAACGACGAUGGUGAGGGCGGGCUCGCUAGCGACGAGGAGUUCCCGCGGGGAUACGAGGCCCACUAUGCUGCGUUCCCGUCGAUCAACGACCAGAAGAUUGCACAUUAUAGGGAGAAUAUGCUCUUCUGGGCCACCAUCUGCUCCUUCGUCGCAUCCGUCAUGCUCCUGGCCGUCGCGGGGCUCUUGAUCACGACCGGCCGGCACAAGCUGCGGGUCGAGGUCGACGCCGGCGUGACGGUGGGUGUGGUGGCCAGCCUCGGUUUCGCUUGCGCCGCUCUGGGCGCGUGUCUCGCCCGGCGAGAUCCCAUUGGCCUUGCGAACCACAUCGCCGUGUGGAUGAUGUUUGUCGUGAUUUGCGUGCUCAACGGAAUGGUGCUUGUCCUUGUCAUGGGCAACACGACGCUCUAA